CGCUACACAAUCACAGCUAUCAACACGACUCACCAAACAGUACAAUCGCCAUCAGCAUCACUAACGGACGCAUUUACGAGCUUCAAUUUACCCUGCCUUCAGAAUGAUUGCAAGUAUCAUUCUCGUCGCCCUUAUAGUUCCUGUCAUGGUUUGCAUGACUCUUGACCCGCCUCCACGCAAAGGUAUCUUGCGAAUCAUUGGCGGCGUUGCUGCUGAGAAAGGCCAACUCCCGUAUGUCGUCAGCUUGCAGAUACAACGCAACCCGGGGCACUUUUGUACUGGCACUUUGCUCGAUGCUACCACCGUUCUGACCGCUGCCCACUGUAUUGUCGGUGCGAAGCAAGCUGGGUAUGACGCUUCAAAAAUCGUCGUCCAAGCCGGAAGUCUUUCCAGAUCAUCGGGAGGCGUCGUAGCUAAGGUUUCGUACGCGGUCAUUCCUCCUGCAUACACCACUGCAACAUACGCCGGCGAUGUGGGCGUUUUGAAGCUUCGGAGUCCCAUUGCUGCUGGACCAGGAAUCGGGUUUGCGGAGCUUGCUCGCAAGGGUUCUGAUCCAACUGCCGGCACGAUGGUUACUGCGGCGGGCUGGGGCAACUCGUACUCCGGCGACGACGACGGGACCGAGGAUCUGCGAACGGUCGACGUGCCGGUCGUCUCUCGAAAGGAGUGCAACGCACUUUAUAAGGCGCAGGGGCAGGAGGGACAAGAGUUCCCGAUUGUCACCAAGGAUAUGAUCUGUGCUGGGUACAUUGACGACUAUGAAAACGGGAAGGACUCUUGUCAUGGCGACAGUGGAGGUCCUCUUGUUGACAAGGAGACUGGCCUUGUGGUUGGAGUCGUCUCCUGGGGCCCCGAGGGAUGUGGGACCGAUGGUUUUGUUGGUGUCUAUGCCGGAGUCGGGCAGCUCAGAACUUUCAUAGACAGGUAUAGGAACUGAUUUGGGGGCUGUUGAGCCGUUUGAGCGCAAGAUUAUCUUGAAGGGACGC